AAAUCUUGCCACUGCGAGGAGGUCAAAGGUUUAGCCAUCUAUUUGUUUGUGGCUAUGAACCGUUGCUUAUUUGAGAUAUACAAUACCAGAAAAUAUAUUAAUUGAUCUCCGUUAAUAGAAGUCUAAACGCUAGAAAACAGGAGAUUCUCUAAUGACAGUGGGUAUUUUGGAUCCCAUGGCUGCUCAGGCUUCCCUGACAAGAACCCACUUGUUGUAUUCAUCUAUUUCAGUGAAGAAGGCGGCUUUCAGCUCUGUCGACGAAAGAAAACGAACACAUUUCAGACACAACUGGCCAAAAUGUAAUAAUCCUUGCAACAGUAUUAAAUGGAACAGUACUAGAGCCAGGGCAUUAACUGACAUGACCAUUGGGAGUAUUAAAUGGAACAGUACUAGAGCCAGGGCAUUAACUGACAUGACCAUUGGGAGUGUGGAGAGUGAAAAACAUGAUAGGGGUGAUAUUUUGAUCAAGGAGGAGCAAAACCUAGAAGAUAGGGUUGAUUACAAUUGGGAGACUGAGUGGUAUCCAUUGUAUCUUGCAGCAGAGGUGCCUAAAGAUGCCCCUUUGGGCCUCACAGUUUUCCAUAAGCAAAUAGUCUUGUUUGAAGAUGGCAAUGGUGCACUCCACUGUUUUGAGGAUCGAUGUCCCCACAGGUUAGCAAAAUUGUCAGAAGGUCAAGUGAUGGAUGGCAGACUAGAAUGCCUUUACCACGGUUGGCAAUUUGAGGGUGAUGGUAAAUGUGUGAAGAUCCCUCAGCUUCCCUCUGGAGCAACAAUUCCAAGAGCUGCCUGUGUCAAAUCUUACGAAGUGAAAGUUUCUCAAGGUGUGGUCUGGGUAUGGAUGGCAAACAGAAGCACUGCAGACCCGAAAAAGAUUCCAUGGUUUGAACACUAUGCCAGGCAUGGAUUUUUUGACAUCUCUUCAGUACACGAACUUCCUUAUGACCAUUCCAUUCUUCUUGAGAAUCUUAUGGAUCCUGCCCACAUACCAAUUUCACAUGAUAGAACAGACUUAUCUGCAAAGAGGGAGAAUGCUCAGGCCCUCGCGUUUAAGGUAACAGAACGUACAGCCAGGGGAUUUGCAGGCCAGUGGGGUGAGGCAACCAGUGACAAUUUUCAAAACAAAUUAAGGUUUGAGGCUCCAUGUGUCCUCAGGAAUGAUAAGGAGUACACUGACAAAGAAGGCAAUAAGCAAUAUUUUAGUGCUUUGUUUCUAUGUAGAUCUGCAGGGCAGGGCAAAUCCAUGCUAAUUGUUAGAUUUGGUGGGACACAAAACAGAGCCGAACUGAAAUGGAUACCCAUGUGGGUCAUCCAUCAGACAUCUAACAAGGUAUUUGAGCAGGACAUGGGCUUUCUCUCUUCACAAAAUGAGGUUUUGUUGAGGGAAAAAGUUCCUACCAGGGACUUGUAUCUUAGUCUGAAGUCCUGUGACACAUGGGUAACUGAGUACAGAAAAUGGUUAGACAGAGUUGGUCAUGGGAUGCCCUAUUACUUUGGCCACCAGACUUUCAGUCUGCCUCGGAGUCCUGCAUUGCUAGAAGCAGCACCAGCGGGCCUUGUGGCAGCCAAUGCAGCCUCAGCUCCAACAAAAGGAGGACUUGGAACCGUCCAUAGUCCAGACCCAACAAAUCGCUAUUUCAGGCAUGUCAUUCAUUGCAAGGAAUGCAGAUUAGCAUUGAAAGGUUUCCAGAAAUGGAAAACAACUUUCUUGGCUUUAGGGUGUUUGUCUUGUGGCAUGGCAAUUCUGCUGUCCCUUACCAGAUGGAGACUGUUGUUUCUUGUCUCUGCCUUCUUAUCUUUAGUUGGGUUUUAUGUAUGCUCUCGUGGGGUUAACUGGAUCACCACAAACUUUGUAAGAUUGCAUAGGACAUAGUCAAGCAAGGGCUUGCAGUUGUGCAAUGAAAGGAACAGGAAAUACCUUACAAAUGUUCUUCAAUGCUCGUUUUGCGAUGCCCUGAAUCUUUGGUUAGUCCUAAUGAUGAUCUUAUCUACUCAUACUUCAACUACAUGGGACGCAGACAAUAGUGUAUAAUAUGGAAAAAAAAUCUACUUUCUGCCAUACUAUUCAUGUGAUGCAAUAAUACAUUCUUUGUGUAUUUCUAUUCAUACAUUCUUGGUUAGGAAGAAACACACCAACCCUUCAAACAGUAGAAGAACAAUACUCUCAUCUCUGCACAAGCAACAAAAAGUUUGUACUAUUCAAUUUGCCAUCUCUCAUGUGUUUCCAUACAUCACAUGGUUCGAACUCUUCACAUGAAGAUUUUGUACGAGAUAGAAUGGACAGCAUCCUUGCAUCA